UAAAAUUGCAGAUUAGCCAGUGAGAAACUGAAAAUAAAAAAUGGCAGCAGCUCAACCUCUAACACUACUAAGUAACAGCUGCUGCCACUCCUUCAAUACCUUUCCCGCUCCAACGACGACGUUUCGUUUCAAUUCAAAAUCAUCAACAGUCGCUCACCGUCGCCAUUCCAUCUACAACAACAAUCAAACUCAUACCGCCCUGAAAAACCGCUUGAAAUUGAAUAAGAUUAAUACCCAAUUCAUUUGCCACGCUGCUCGCCGCAAACCCACCGCCUCAAACGCGGCCGUUUCAAUAAAGCAGGAAGAAAAUGGCGGCAAGAACAGUAAAAUACUGAAAUUGCUUCAAGUGAUAUUAUGGGGAUUUGAAGGUGUUUACAUUUUGUGGCUCUUUCUUCUUCCUUAUGCCCCUGGAGAUCCAGUGUGGGCUAUUAGUAAGGACACUAUAGAUUCACUCAUUGGCCUUUCUCUCAAUUUCUUCUUUAUCUUGCCUUUUCUCAACUUUGUUGGCAUUCAUCUUAUUGAUGCCCCGGUGCUUCACCCGGUAUCUGAGGGAUUAUUCAACUUUGUCAUUGGAUGGACUUUUAUGUUUGCUCCUUUGCUCUUCACCGAUCGUAAGAGGGAUCGGUACAAAUGGUCGUUAGACGUUUUGUGGAGCUUGCAGAUGUUCCUUACUAAUACAUUUUUGAUACCUUAUAUGGCAAUCCGGCUAAAUGAAGCUGAUUCUGAGUCAGUUCCACAAAAGCGCUCUCCGCUAGGCAGUGUGAUGACAAAUGGUGCACCAAUAGUGGGGCUGAUAGGUGGAUUUGCAUGUCUGGUUUCAGUAUUAUGGUCCCUUUAUGGCAGAUCGGACGAUAAUUUUGGAACCAUAGCAGAUAGAUGGGAGUUCCUGAUAAGUUACUUAGGAUCGGAGAGGCUGGCUUAUGCAUUCAUUUGGGAUAUAUGUUUUUACAUAGUUUUCCAGCCUUGGCUUAUAGGUGACAAUUUACAGAACAUUCAGAAAAGCAAAGUGAGUUUACUGAACUAUCUUAGGUUUGUUCCGGUUGUUGGUUUGGUGGCCUAUCUUCUUUGUUUGAACCUUGAUGAGGAAUGAUAGCUAUAUGCAGUUCAACAAUUCAUGCAAAGAAAUUCGAUAAGCUUCAUCUACCAAUUUA